AUGAACCCCGGUAUCCAGUUUCCGCUCCGGAAGAAGAAGAAGAAUGUUUUUUUUGAAAGCCUGUGUUAGCAUUAGCAUCAGCUGUUUGGUGAAACAAUUGUUGUAGUUUGUCUCAGUUUGUUGGUGUUUCUUGUUUUUUUAUAUUUGGAGGAGAAAAACACCCGCUGCCCUGUACGAACGGCUAACAGCUGAACAGCCCUGAGGGUGAGUAAAGGCGGUUAUCGUGGAUUUUGUAGCAGUUAUUUAAACACGGAGUCCAAACAAACGACACUAUCAUAACCUGAAAAUAUACACUCUAGAAUGUUCUGUAAGAGUUAAAACUAAGAGAUGUUUGAGGGUUUAUACAGACAGAAACAGAACAACAGUCAGCGGCUGAUAAUCUCCAGUUAACACGGUCACCAUUUCAACCAGAACACCUGUUAGCUAACAAGCUAACCGUUCAUUCAGACAGACAGCUAACAUGAAAACCUGGUCAACAUCAGGAUUUAUAAAGAGAGACACCACAUCUGCAUUUAUUUAGUCUGACUAGGACUACAUGGAAAACCCAAGAGGACCUCAGGAUCUGGUUUUUACUGUGUUUUCAGGUUCUAGUCUCAUAAAACCACUGAUUAAAGAUAGGCUAAUAGGUAAAAUAAAGAGUCCUGAGAGUCCCACUGAGGGCUGAUGUUGACAGAUGUGGACUGAUGUAGGGCCCGACCGAUAUGGAUUUUUUGGGGGCCGAUACCGAUUAUAAGAGAAGAAAAAAAUCCGAUUAUCGAUUAAUCGGCCGAUUUUGUAAUUUUUCCAUAAAGUUAUAAAAACUGCUCUUCACGCCGACAGGAAGACCGACUGUUAAACUCGGACCAGAAAAGCGUUUUUCAGGCUCGCCGAUAAAUCGGUCGGGCCCUUUAUGGACUGAUGUGGUCUGAUGUGGUCUGGUUCGCUCUGUUUUUUUCCGGGGAUUCUUCUAAAACAGAAGCUGGAUUUCCUGGAACACCAGGACCUGGAUGAAUGAUUCAUGGACCUUCACUCUGGUUUUCUCUCUGUGUCUCUGCAGGUCUUCAGUGUCUCUGAUAUGAGCAGCUCUGUAAGUGUUCAGACUCUAAUCCUUGUUUCUGAUCUGUAGACUCUGAUAGGCUGUGAUAGAUUUAAAGAUAGGGCAGAGUGGGGUAAGAUGAUCCAUGUUUCAUAUUUGGGAUCAGUCCAUCAAGUCAAUCCUAGUUUUGUCUCUAACUCGUGUAUCUGCAGAUAUUUCAGGAUGUCGUUCAUCCCUCUAAACCAACAUAAUGAAUGUAAAAAGAACUGUAAUCUUCAUAAUAUAGUAUGGUCAACCUACCCCAUACAUGGGGUAGGUUGACCAUAAGAGCGGGGUAAGUUGAGCCGUAUCCCUACUACCUCCUCCCCCUACAUUCUCCCCUACAUUCUGUAGAUUUUAGUUGAAGAAAUUAAAUGUCAAUACAGAGGCUUUUUUUUAGAUCAGGUUAAAUGGAUUGAAAAGUCAAAAUAGUUUCAUUUCUGACGACUUAGAGAAGCUUCUUUACGUUAGAAAAGAGCAGGUCCUCGCUCCAGAGUCUGCCCUGUCACACCACCAUGUUUUCUAUAUAAUCCAAAUCUUCAUUUCAGUGAAGAAUUAGAUAAACAUGACUCACUGAAACCAUUACUCGUUGGUUUAUUCAUCACUGAUUAUCGAUUAUUAAUGUUUUAAUAUUCACUGGUUCACCUCAUCACCCUCUUUAGAUGUAUAGACAUGCCUCUGCCAACCUGUGCAGGUAGCUGAAGCCCCGCCCAUUGCUGCGAUGUCAUGACUGUGUUUUUGUGCUCAGGCUCAGAGGAAGAGGAGGACCACAGGAAGUCCCCUGGUGUCUGGACCCAGCACCAAGACCAGCAGAGGAGCGAACGCCAGGAGGGCGACCAACACUAACAGAGCUGUUAACGCGAGCAGAGCAGCCGUCAGGUCGGGUAGCAGUUUGGCUAACAGGGCGGCUAAUAUUAGCAGAACAUCUGGAGAUGACCCCGUCCCCCCCACAGAGACCAUUGACGUGAUGGACAACACUGAAGACGGUGAGUACAGGAGGAUCAACGCUCUGGGAUCGAUGAUCAGGUCUGAUCAGAUCGGUUAAACUCUGUGUCUUUAUUCAGGAGUGGAGGAGGUGGUGGAUCUGACCUGUGAGGGAUCAGAGGGGACUGUGGUGGACCUGACCCACAGUGAUUCAGUACUGGUACCUAUGGGUCUUCAAAUACUUCUACACAAACUACACACAAAACUACACACUUACAGUAUUAGUGUUUUUGUGACUGAACUCCUUCUUUUUCUCUCUCCUUCUUCUCUCACUCUCUCUCUCCGACCAGCUGAUGGAUGAAGGUAAACUUUUCUGUCUUCACUUUGAGUUUUUAAAAAUCUUCGCACAGUUUUAUUAAAGGACGGGGUCUCCUCAAUCAGGUCCUCAGAGCAGGAGAGUCACCACGGCGGAGAGUUACGUGGUCAGCAGUGAUGAAGAGGAGGACACGCCUCCUGUCUUUAAAGCCGCCGUAACAUCCUCUCUACACAACAGUGCCUCCAGGUGAGGUUCUGGAGUCUGACAGUCUAAUGUUGUCCCUGAUAGAGGAUUUCAGCUGCUCCACAGUCCAGGGUGGAUGGACGUAGAUGUUCCUCCUAAACCUGGAGAUAUUGGAUUUCUUCUUCUUCGUUGAAAGGACAACUGGACUUACUUGAGACGAGAGUGUUAGAUUUAGAUCCAUCAGACCUCAGGACAGUUCAGUGAUAUUAAGCCCAUGUGGUGACUCCAACUACAGAGUCCUGUUACUCUUGUAGAUAUAGUUCAGCAUUACUGGAGCCUUCACAGAUGACAUGGACUCUGAUGAUCCCCAGACCAUCAGGGAUGCUGGAUUUGGACUGGUAGGAUCCAGAGUCCAGGAUUUCCAAAAUGAAAAUUAGACGUUGAUCAUACUGAGAGACUCUGCCUCUCUAAAUGUCCGUCUCUCCCCCCAAUUUCCACUGCAUUCGGAUCAGCGGCGAAUUUUGCCGUCCUUUGGUGAGGCAAAUUUCGUAGUGAAUUUCGGAGAGCAGGAACCACAACGACUCACAAGAACCCGCAGAUUCACGUUCAAUCACACGAUAACAAGUUGUCUCUAUAAAGACAGACACAUAGAUAUAUAAGCAGUAGAUUGUGUCCUUCCAGAGGAGGAAAUCUACUUCUAGAUUUUCAUGGUGUGAAAUACGAUCCUCCUGAAACACAGAGUGUUUUAUUUUGAAAAGAAGCCGGAUGUUUUAUUUUGCGUCUGGAGGAGGAUACAACCUUUUAGUAGACGAUCAGGAUGAAGGUGGAAGUUGUAGGUUAGACUCAGUCAUGUGACUAACCUGUUGGACAUUCACCUCAUUAGUUGGAGACGUUCCUCCAGAUGUUUUUAUAAAAUUUAAAACUUUUGACCUGUUUGGUUUUUCCUCUAAGAACUACUUCGAAACAUGAAGCUGACAUCAAAUCGAAAAUGAGCAGAACUUUUUCAGGAAUAAUAAAACCUUCCAGUUUUAACAUGUUUUUGUGUUUCAUUUUCAUUUUCAAUCUAGAUUCUGAUGUUUUCAAAGAGUCAGAUGAUAGUUGAUGAGACCGUUAAAUGUAGACCAGGUAAUAGACUGAUCCCUACUUCAUGUCUUCUGGGUGUUUCAGGUCAACUCCAGGAACUAUCAGCUGUCCUGUUUGUCUGGAUGCGUACUCUGAGGUCAGACUCAAACACACCUGUAACACACCUGUUAUAUAGCUCUGCCCUGACACACUGCAUUCUGAUUGGCUGCUGUUUCCUUACAGAUCGUAGAGAGCGGCCGAUUGGUUGUUUCCACUAAGUGCGGUCACGUGUUCUGCAGUCAGUGUCUCAGAGACGCUCUCUCUUCGUCACACACCUGUCCCACCUGCAGGAAGAGACUGACACACCGCCAGUACCACCCACUCUACAUCUGACAUCAUCGUGACGUCACCAUACACUGCUGCUGGAACCAAGCUUUUUAAAGGCAUAUUGAUAAAGUAUUGACGAGUCAUUAGUCGGUGAUUGAUGAUUGGUCAGAAGGGAUGGAUGUAUAUGAUCGCUUCAUUUCUGGGUUUGUUUCUGUUCGUCUCUGUGAUCUUGAUUUUCUUUGAGUGUGAAAAAUAGAAAUUAAAAAUCUGUUCAACUUUGAAAAAAGUUUUUUUGUUGUAUUUUUAGAAAAUUAAAAGUUCAUCUCUUAAACAGCAGUUGGGUCUGAUGGUGUGAUUUUCACUGAGAGGAGCUCAAACUGACCCGGUCUGAGAGGUUCUCAGUCCGGUUCUCAGUCCGGUUCUCCUCAGCUGCUGCGUUCCUCUUGGAGGCGGCGUUCGUGUCGAUCCAGCCUCUCUGACCUGAAAACGGUUUGUUUGUGUUCAUCCUGUGACUCUGACUCACCCUCCAUUUGGUCACAGGACUGAUGACUCAUAGUCACAUGACACAGUCUCUGCUGCUGAUUGGCUGAGCCUCGGGAUCAGGUCACUCUUUAAAAACUUCUAGAAGAAAAAUGAGUUCAUGAAAGUAGAAAAAACAAAUCAGUGAUGGUUUAAAGGUGGGAAUAAAAUCAGAUUAACCUCAGAGUGAUUCAUGUUUAAUACUUUAUAUGAAUGUUAUGUGUAAAUGUGUUAUAUUAGAGAAGCAAUUAUGAUUCAGAGAAGUCAUGUUAAAGGUUAUCAGUCAACAUGACAAGUUUGAAAUGUAAUGUCGAGGUUCUGAAAGAAAUAAAUUGAAAUAAAAGGGAAUAAAGUAUUUGAGAAGGAAA